AUGCGAGAUCUGCCAGAAAUUGGUAGGGUGCCGUGGGCGCCAAUAACGGCCAACGGCCCAGAUCCUGUCAAGCAUAUACGUCGGCCACUUUACUCUAAGAAAUCUAAAAAAACAGAGAAAUUGUGGUUUCCGCGCAAGGCUGUGAUGAAUCUCCCAUCUUCUUGUAAUCCAGCAGAACAUCUCUCCGGGCAUUUGGGCUACGGUGCGUUAGGCAGCUUUACUGAACAAUGCGCAAUGGAAGCGAUCCAUAUGAGAAUAUCAAAAGGAAAGCAACGCCCCCUCGACCAAGAUGACUGUUAG